AUGAUAAGCCCAAAUGUAGGAAUCUGUGCGUCAGCUGUGUUGGCUUGUACCGAUGUUGUCCGAUGCAAUACGGAUAAUCGAACAUGUCCUGUUGAAAAUACAGUCUGCGUGAACAGUACACGAUGUGGUCAACCAGUCUGUUAUCCACUAGCGUUAGCAAAUAAACUCGUGUGUCCAAUAAAUACAACAGCUGCGACAACAACAACGACACGUGCAGGAGGCGUUACAAAUACAACUAGACCUACAACAAAAGCUAUCACUGCAACAGACUCCCGUUUUACACCGUCAACAGCUAAUUGCAGUAGUAUUGUAGCAACAAAUUGUACGACAACAACAUCGAUUGUUGCUGCUUGUCAAAGUUAUGAAGUAUCAUGGAAUAAUCAUUGUUAUUAUCUCGAUGGAUCAAAUGGCAGCUGCAUAACUGGUUAUAGCCUAGCAACGAAUGCUGUUUUAAAUUGCAUUAGUUCUCUAUUUAUUGGAAAAAAUUAUCGAAAUACCACAUCAAAUGAUUGUUGUAUCUUGACAGCAGAUACAUAUGAAUGUUUUGGACUCAAUGUUGAUUGUAACAAUCCAGGACCUUUUACUGAAGCCCCAGUAUUGGGUGGUGCUAAUUGCAUUAACCAAGUGCUUCGUUAUUCUCAACAGUUAACACUUUGUGGCAGUAAUUAA